AGCGGGUAGGCGGAACAUCCCGGCUCCCCCUUCCCCGAGGCUCGGUUAACCCGCGGCUGCCCGCCCGGAGCCAGGAAACAAACUCAAGAGGAUGAAGCCUAAUAAAGGAAAGACUUUAACUAGAGAGAGAGACUAUGUGUACAAAUUCAGUGCUGGAAAUGAACAUUUGGUGAUUACCGUGCCUCUCAAAUUCCCUGUGCAAGAGAAUAUCAGUCAUUUGCAUGGACGUCUGAUGGUUCUGCACAACCUGCCAUGCUUUAUAGAAAAUGACCUGAAGCAAUCUCUUAGUAAAUUUGUAGAAGAGGAAACCAUAAAAGAUUAUGACAGAGAAGCUGAAGUGGCUCUGGAAGCAGUGAAAUCAGGAAAAGUAGACAUCAACCAGCUGGCAGAUACUUGGGCUAAAGCAUAUAAAGAGACAACAUUAGAACAUGCCAAACCUGAAGAAACCAGCUGGGAUGAAGAUUUUGCAGAUGUUUAUCAUGAUCUGAUCCAUUCUCCAGCUUCUGAAAUGCUGUUAAACCUGGAACACAAUUAUUUUGUUAGCAUUUCAGAAUUAAUAAGUGAAAGGGACGUGGAACUGAAAAAGCUACGUGAAAGGCAAGGGGCUGAAAUGGAUAAGGUGAUGCAGGAGCUUGGGAAGUCACUGACUGACCAGGAUGUGAAUUCCUUAGCAGCUCAGCAUUUUGAGUCUCAGCAGGAUUUGGAGAACAAAUGGACCAAUGAAUUAAAGCAGACUACUGCUAUCCAGAAGCAGGAAUAUCAGGAGUGGGUGAUAAAGCUUCAUCAGGACCUAAAGAAUCCUAACAACAGCUCAGUCAGUGAUGAAAUUAAAGUUCAACCCAGCCAGCUGAGGGAAUCUGUGGAAGGAAAUGGGAGAAUCUAUGAAGAGCAAAGGCUGUUAGAAGAAAGCUUUACUAUUCAUUUAGGAGCUCAGCUGAAGACCAUGCACAACCUGAGGCUGCUGAGAGCUGAUAUGUUGGAUUUCUGCAAACACAAGCGCAAUCACCGCAGUGGGGUGAAGCUGCACAGGCUUCAGACUGCAAUGUCCCUCUACUCAACUUCCCUAUGUGGCCUGGUGUUACUGGUGGAUAACAGGAUCAGCUCAUACAGCGGAAUCAAAAGAGAUUUUGCAACUGUUUGCCAAGAAUGCACGGAUUUCCAUUUUCUUGGAAUCCAAGAACAACUUGAAAUUGUCCAGAAAGUUGUACUUAAGGCCAGAGCACAGCGUAGCAGCAAGACAAAAAGACACCACGAAAACAGAAUCAGUGGGAAUGAAGAUAAAUUAAAGAAUAUUGAACGAAACCAGUCGAACAUUUUACCGGGAGAGUUCUACAUCACACGGCACUCAAACCUCUCAGAAAUCCACGUUGCCUUUCACCUGUGUGUGGAUGACAACGUCAGGUCUGUGAAUGUGACUGCCCGUGACCCGGCCAUCAUGGGGCUCAGGAACAUCCUCAAGGUCUGCUGCACACACGACAUCACCACCAUCAGCAUUCCCCUCCUGCUGGUGCAUGAAAUGUCAGAAGAGAUGACCAUUCCAUGGUGCCUGAAGAGGGCAGAGCUCGUGUUCAAGUGCGUCAAAGGUUUCAUGAUGGAAAUGGCCUCGUGGGAUGGAGGAAUUUCUCGGACUGUACAAUUCCUGGUACCACAGACAAUUUCAGAGGAAAUGUUUUACCAGCUGAGUAACAUGCUGCCACAGAUCUUCAGAGUAUCCUCCACACUGACUCUGACCUCCAAGCACUGAUUUCUGUGGGACACUAACCUGUAUCCUAUUGGCAGAGGAUGAGAUUAAGGAGAUUCUGGACUAGAAUGUCUCUUUCCUGUGGACUGAUGACCCCAAAGUGGUAUUUGUUGUAAUUUCAAGAAUUGUGUUGUAAUAAAAGAUAAAUGUUGUCUGUU